AUGAGCCAGGGGACCAGGGCAUGCUGGCUGCAGGAGGCCUGGGUUCUGCACGGGCCUGACUCAAGUUGAAGGUGGAGCUGGAGUUCCUCCCUGAGCUGAAACUCAUCUGGUGGAGGGGAAAUAGCGUGUAUCUUCUGGUGAAUUGUGGAUUACGGAUCUAUCUACUGUGAAUUGUGGAUUACGGAUAUAUUGUGGUGAAGACGGAUUUCAGAGAAAUAAAUAUCAUUAAGAGGAUAUGAAAAUCAUCUUCAUGUAUCUGUGAAAUUAUGUGAAUAGAGUCCAUUUUUCAAAACAAUGGGGGACCAGGCAAGAAGUCUAGAUCCAGAAAGGAGAGCAGGCAAGCCCCAGUACUCUUACUACUCAUCUGACUUUGGAUCCUCACCACCGUCUUCGGGCCAGUCCUCUCCAGGCAGCCCACCUUCGCAUACAAAUGCUAGAAAGAAAAGCCCGCAGAGACAGGUAGCAGAUAAUCAGGUGCAUCACCAAGCCCCUAGGAAGCAAAGCCCUAAGGGUGCACAAACCAAGAAGGGAGUCCAGGUGGGAUUUCGCUCCCAAAGUCUCAACAGAGAGCCCCUUCGGAAAGAUCCCGACCUUGUUACAAAGCGGGUUCUUUCUGCCAGACGGCUCAAAAUCACCGAGCUGCAGAACGAGGUAUCUGAACUCCAGGUCAGGUUAACAGAGCUACUCAAGGAAAACAAGGCUUUGAAAAGGCUUCAGUACAGACAGGAGAAAGCCCUGAAUAAGUUUGAAGAUGCAGAAAGUGAAAUCUCGCAACUUAUUCUUCGUCAUAACAAUGAGAUUACAGCACUCAAAGAACGCCUAAGGAAAUCUCAAGAGAAAGAACGGGCGACGGAGAAAAGGGUGAAAGAUACCGAAGGGGAACUAUGUAAGACAAAAUUUUCCUUACAGAAGCUGAAAAAGAUCUCAGAAGCUAGACACUUGCCAGAAAGAGACGAUUUGGCCAAGAAGCUCGUUUCAGCAGAGUUAAAGUUAGAUGACACUGAGAGAAGAAUUAAGGAACUAUCAAAAAAUCUUGAGCUGAGUACUAAUAGCUUCCAACGACAGUUGCUUGCUGAGAGGAAAAGGGCAUAUGAGGCUCAUGAUGAAAACAAAGUUCUUCAAAAGGAGCUACAGCGACUGUGCCACAAGCUAAAGGAAAAGGAGAGAGAAUUGGAUAUAAAAAACAUAUACUCUAAUCGUCUGCCAAAGUCCUCUCCAAAGAAGGAAAAAGAACUUACAUUAAGAAAAAAUGUUUCAUGCCAGAGUGACUUUGCAGAUUUGUGCACAAAAGGAGUACAAACCACAGAAGACUUCGAGCCAGAGGAGUUUCCUAUAACACCACAGACAGUCAUGUGUUAUGAAAAUAGAUGGGACAGACCUGCACAUCCCUCUUCGGAUCUGGAAUCCCAAGAGCAAGAUGAGCAUGAAGAAGCAGGGAUUCUAAACUCAAUUGUGGAGAAAGAAGAAAAAGUCAGUAAAGAUCAAGAACUGAAUAUUGUUAAACAGGAGGGCAGAAAGCUUGAGGAUGAAUGGGAGAAAGAAGAAAUUGGUAAAAAGCAAAAAGAAAAGACAUCUUUCUUGCAGAGGAGAGAAAAGCCUGAGUUAGAAACUGGAUACCAUGUGGAAAUGUAUCAGAUUCAGCAUGUGGAUAAACUGAAAGAGGAGGAAGAAGAAAGACUGAAGAGAGAAAUGCUGCUCGCUAAGUUGAAUGAAAUCAACCAAGAGCUCCAGGACUCUCAGGGUCUGAACCGCCUGUCCUUGCCUCUGCUGCCCGACUUUGAGUCAAAGCUGCGUAGCCCGGACAGAAGCCCCCGAACCCAUCCCUUCUCUGAGCCCUCAGAGAGGUACGUCAACGGACAUCCGUUGUCAGACAUCAGCUUCUCAGCCCCACGAGGAGAGGGUAGGAAUGCUGGCAGCACCAGAAGCCCAGCCUCUCCAGAUGAUCUUACGUUCGGCAGCUACGUGCCUUCAUUUGCCAAGACCUCAGGGAAGUCAUAUCCACUCAGCCAAAGGAGCAGUGUGGAAAACCUUACUAAAGACAGCAUAGAUUUAAUUGCAAGAAGAGAGAAAAAAGCGAACCUGAUGGAACAGCUGUUCGGUACCAGUGCCAGCAGCACCAUGUCUGCCAAAAGCAGUGAACCAGGUUCUCUGGCCACCAGCAGAGGAGACUUUGACCCUCUUCAUUUUGUCCCUGGGGAUAAAAGCAGCAGGGUUCGAGAACCUGAUGGAGAGGAAGACUUUUUCCUCAGUGAAGGAAGAAGUUUUAAUACAAACAGACAUCAAUUAAAGCAUGCCAACAAUAAGCCAGCAGUGAAAGCAGUUGAUUCAGUUGAAGAUGAGGUUGAGGAAGUAACACUGAGAUGACCCGCUAGAGUAUAUAUGUGUACAUAUUUCACUUGUAAAUAUUAAAAUAUUUCUAUUCAGUA